AUGGCUACGAAUGUCACCGACAUCGUCAAGCAGGGCUACGUGAAAAUGAAGAGCAGGAAGCUGGGGAUCUACCGGCGCUGCUGGCUGGUCUUCAGGAAAUCCUCCAGCAAGGGGCCCCAGCGCCUGGAGAAGUACCCGGAUGAGAAGUCCGUGUGCCUGCGCGGCUGCCCCAAGGUGACGGAGAUCAGCAACGUCAAGUGCAUCACGCGGCUGCCCAAGGAGACCAAGAGGCAGGCGGUGGCCAUCAUCUUCCCCGACGACUCGGCCCGCACGUUCACCUGCGACUCGGAGCUGGAGGCCGAGGAGUGGUACAAGACGCUGUCCGUGGAGUGCCUGGGCGCCCGCCUCAACGACAUCAGCCUGGGGGAGCCCGACCUGCUGGCRCCCGGCGUGCAGUGCGAGCAGACGGACCGGUUCAACGUGUUCCUCCUCCCGUGCCCCAACCUGGAUGUGUACGGCGAGUGCAAGCUGCAGAUCACCCACGAGAACAUCUACCUCUGGGACGUGCACAACCCCCGCCUCAAGCUGCUCUCCUGGCCCCUGUGCUCCCUGCGGCGCUACGGGCGCGAUGCCACCCGCUUCACCUUCGAGGCCGGCCGGAUGUGCGACGCGGGCGAAGGCCUCUACACCUUCCAGACCCAGGAGGGCGAGCAGAUCUACCAGCGCGUGCACAGCGCCACGUUGGCCAUCGCCGAGCAGCACAAGAGGGUCCUGCUGGAGAUGGAGAAAAACGUCAGGCUGCUGAACAAGGGCACCGAGCACUUCUCCUACCCCUGCACGCCCACCACCAUGCUGCCCCGCAGCGCCUACUGGCACCACAUCACGGGCUCGCAGAACAUGGCCGAGUCCUCCAGCUACGCCGGCGAGGCGUACGCGGGCGCCCAGGCCCGCUCGGACACCGACCUCCUCAACAGGUUCAUCCUCCUGAAGCCAAAGCCCUCGCCRAGCGCCAAGAGCGAAAGCAGGGAGCCCGAGCCGUCUCCGUGAGCCGCAGCGCGGCGGGAACCCCCCGGGCC